AUGUCUACCGAAAAUUACGCGCAUUGCUUAAAAAAAAGUGGUGUUUUGUAUCGACGAAAGCGACUCUUGGACGAGCUGAGAAAAGAAGAGAUAAGUCACAGUACCGCAGAGCCACCACUUAACCAAACAAAUGAUGGUGUAGCGAAGCCAGGUUGUAACAUAGCAGAAGAGCUGGAUGGCGAUGCAUCGUUCAUCGAUGAGGAGGAAGAUAACGCUGAUCCUAGUGUUUCCGAUAGCUCUAGCGAUGAUGAAUCUAAGAGUGACGAAGGAGUCAUUGAUUUCAAAUCAAUGAAUAUUACAGAUUGCUUGAGGUACUUCGCUAUAGCAACCAAUCAAAAGCAAUCGGCCAUGAACAUGUUGCUCUCAAUUUUGAUUACAAAAACCAAUUUCGUGCUUCCAAAAGAUGCUAGAACGCUUUUAAACACCAAUAGAGAUCGUCCGGAACUAAGUGCUCUCGGAAACGGUACUUUCUGGACCCGUGGUAUUAAAAAAAGCCUCAUGGACAAUUUACGGUUUACUACUGUGACAGAAACAAUAUCUUUGAAUAUUUUUAUUGAUGGCCUUCCGUUGCACAAAAGUAGCAACAUGCAAUUUUGGCCCAUCAUGAUAAAUAUUCAAGAAAUGCCUCUGAUCGCACCUAUUACAACAGCGUUGUAUUGUGGGCGCACAAAACCAACAAAUGCUCAACAAUUCAUGGAUUUAUUGGUAAAAGAGCUGAACAAAUUAAUGGACGAAGGGCUUGAACUAAAUAAUUGCCGAGUGCAAGUAAAAAUACGCGCAAUAAUAGCAGAUUCUCCAGCAAGAGCAUUUUUGAAAGUUUACGACAUAGAAAAAUACACAGCAACUGGAUGUGUCAAACACGAUUGA